AUGGAUAACAGUUUUUCUCUUGACAUCCUGUUGGCAGCUUCUGGUAUCUCACAGAAAACAAGAGCUCGCUUGUGGUCUACGAUGACUGCGAAGACGAAAGAGCCAAUCCCUCGUGUUAUCACCUCGAACGCACGGAGCGCUCUUCGAGCACAGCCCCGGGCUAACCCCUUCACUUUAAAGAUACUUGCCCAGCUGAAUGAAACUCUGACACCUCUGGCUGCCUCUGGCGCACUGAGAAAAUCCAUUGCGGAGCCAGCAGAGGUUUCAUUGUACAAAUGGGUGGUGGACGUCAUUACUGUGGCAGUAACUGAUGGGAUGAUGGGGAAAGUGUGUCUAGACCGCUUUCCAGAGACAGUGGACGCAGUGUUCCUUCUCAUCAUGAAUGUUUAUACUGUCUUUCAGAGGCGUCCUAGAAUGUUUGCCAGACAGACCUACGAUACCACUGACAAGCUGACGCAGCUUCUUGACAAAUACUUUAGCCUACCGAGAGAGAAGAGAAUGGACUGUGUAGAGUUCGUGGCUAAGGUCGAAGACGAUAUUCGCUCCGCGGAUCUUUCACAAGAAGAGUUGUCUAAGAUUAUACUCGACAAUCCGGCUAUUCUGGCAUUCUGGUUCCUAUCUCAUAUCCUUUGGCGCCCUGGGCUGUUCUCUGUGAUCCGCGCAGAAUGUGAACAAGCGUUUACAGAAAACAGCCCGCUAGCACCGUCUGACAUCUCAGAACGGCUUGGAUGCUGUCCAACCCUUAAGGCUACCUUUCAGGAAACCGCGCGUCUCAACUGUGGACUGCAUUUAUUUCGCCAAGUCUACGAAGAUACCGAAGUCGGUCGCUAUAGACUAAGGAAAGGGUCCAGACUCAUGAUAGCUUAUAGUCGCGUUCACGUGGAUAAGAGCCACUGGGGUCCUGAUGCAGAUGAAUUCAACUAUCGACGCUUUCUUGACAAUCCGGGGCUGGCGAGUUCCAAGCAUUUCAAACCUUUUGGGGAUGGCACCCAUCAGUGUGGGGCCAAGUUGAUGGUGCCGCAGCUGCUCAUGUACUUUGUUGCUAUUGUUGUGUGCCGAUAUGACUUCAGAAUAGCUGGUGGGUUCGAAAGCUACCCAUUCCCUAAAAUUGAUGAGUCAAAAGGAAGAGCUACGGUGCCGAUGCCAGUGGUGGAUGAUGUGCCUCGUGUUAGUAUUACACCGCGCAAAAGCGCUGUUUAA